AUGUCUGCUACGGGGGAUGCCAAUAUCGGGUUCAUCGGGCUCGGCGCCAUGGGACGUGGCAUGGCUGCCAACCUCGCCAAACGGCUUUCCGGAGACUCCAAGAUCUAUGUCUACGACGUGGUUGACGGGCUGAUGGAUGACUUGCAUUCCGAGCACCCCGAUACUGUGCGCAAAUCGACGAGCGCGAAAGAAGUAUCCGAAAUAUCUGAUAUCAUAUUCACCAUGGUCCCAGAAGGAUCACACGUGCGAGACGUAUACCUGAGCACGCCACACGGCAUAUGUGCUGCUGAUAUAUCCAACAAGGUUCUUGUAGAUUGCUCGACGAUUGACAUUGCCACCUGCUUGGCCGUCAGAGACUAUAUCGCGACAAACUUCCCGUCCGCUCGAUUCUACGACGCACCUGUCAGUGGUGGAACAAUCGGAGCAGACAACGGCCAGCUUUCCUUCUUUCUCGGAUGCGGCGAAAAUGACCCAACGCUGCCCCACCUGCAAGGCAUUUUGGCAAACAUGGGGCAAAAAAUCAUUCCCUGCGGCGGGCCGACGUUGGGACUGGCGGCCAAGCUAGCUCACAACUAUCUUGGAGGAAUAAUAUUCAUAGCUGGCUCCGAGGCGAUGAAUCUGGGGAUGCGAGCGGGCCUGGAUGCGCGCGUGCUCGCCAAUGUAUUCUCUGCCGGCGCAGCGCAGAGUACAAUUAUGGACCGCUUCAACCCAGUUCCGGGGGUUCUCCGCGACGCUCCUUCAUCAAAUAACUACGUCCCGGGGUUUAAAAUACAGUUACAUUGCAAGGACUUUGGAUUGGCCAUUGACAUGGCAAAGGAGGUCGGGUCAAGGCUGGCGCUGGGCGAUGCUGGAUUGCAAACCUUCAAAGGGGCCAGCGGCGAUCCGCGAUGCAAAGAUCUAGAUUCCUCGGCCGUGUACAGGUAUCUGGGUGGUGUUGAGGACUGGCCUGGCAGGUUUAUCUGA